AGUAAUUGAUGUAUAAUAUGUAGUACGUAUUAAUUAUAUCACGAUGUUAUUGUAAAAAUUUCAAGUGAACUUGACAUUUAUACCAAAUUAAUUUGUUUUACUGAAUUUCUAAAUAGUUUUCAAGAAUAAUGACUAAUGUUCUAGAACUGCUAUGUGGUGAUAACAAUCAACAAUUAUAUGCAUUGGCCCUGCCAUUUGGCACUUCUACAAAUGGAGAUUCGUCAGAUUUUCAAACAGAAUAUCUACAAAAUCAACUGCAGUCUUUAGUUAACCAAGCCCAACAAGUACAAUGUGAAGACCUUUCAAGUAUUGAGGAUGGAACUGAAAUUAUAGACACUGUCGAUAAAACCAUUCCUGAAGAAACAUCAUGGGCUUUACCUAUUUAUUCAACAGGCGAAAGCACAAUAAAUAUUCAUGCGUUAGAUGUUCUUCACCCACAAUCUUUGUCAAAUUGUGAAUCCGAUGAAAUUCAAAACAUUGAAUAUUUAGUUGAGGAAGAUGCUGAUUGUGAACUGCAUGCUAAACCAAAUAAGGAUUUUGACACAAGAUACACAAUAAGCUUAAAUGGCAUGCAAUAUGGAUUUAAAUUAGUUCCUACUGUAGACCAUAAUGAUGCUCAUUGCUCGCAAGUUAAAAUACUUUUAAAUACUGAUAGUACAUCAGAUGCAAAUGAAGCUGAUCCUAAUACAACACUAGCUACAUUUGAUGGUUUUAGAAGUGACUAUGAGUGUCAACCAAUUUUUGAAGGUGAAAUUAAUGAUAUGGCCGAUGUAGUCCAAGCUUAUAAAUGCAGGAAAUGUUGCUUUACUGUGCAAGAUAAACAGUUGUUAAUAGAUCAUUAUAAAACAGAACAUACAGAAAUAUCAGCAACAAAAGUUAAGAAAGAAGGUUAUUCAGAUAUUGAAAAUAAUACAUACAAUUUCGAUGAAAUAGAAGUUAAAUCAGAACAAUUACUUUAUAUGUGUGGACAAUGUUCACGAGGCUAUGCAAGCAUUGAUGAGUGUAAAUCACAUAUGAUUAAGGACCACAAACUAACUCGAAAGAUUUCUGAUUCUGAUAUUUCAUCUGACUUUGAUAACAAACAAUUAUCUACUGAAAUUUGUGUACCAAAUAAAUCAGAUGAAGCAAAUAUAGAGGAUAUGAAGGAAUCACAUUGGAUGUUGAUUAAUAGCUUGAAAGACUUAAAAGCUGCGUUGAUGUCGGAUUGGCAAAAUAAAUGCAUAAUUAAUAACUGUCCAUAUCGUUUUAAAGAUAGUGAUAGUUUGGAGAAACAUUCAAAAUGUCACAAGAGUUCAUCGAAAUUAUUUUGUUGUUUUGAAUGUAAUGAAGAUUUUAUAAAUUGGAGAACUUGUUCAGUGCAUUUGUGGCGUAUGCAUUUAUUAGAUAUUGAUAUGCUGACAUGUCCGAUUUGUUAUGAAUAUAAAACUCCAACAACAGUGAAAUUGAGUCACCACAUGAAAAUUCAUGGUUUAUCAAAAAGUUUUAUUUGUGGAGAAUGUGGCAAAGCAUUUAAACAACCUGGCCAAUUACAUAAUCAUAAAGUUCUUCACUUAGCAAGGAGAAAAACACAAAUUCAAAGAUGGUAUACCUCAAAAAAGUGUGAAAUUUGUUUAAAAUCUUUUGCAAAUUCAAAGUGUUUAAAAAAGCAUAUACAAGCAAUCCAUAGUAAAAUAAGACCGUUCAUAUGCAAUGUUUGUGGGCAUUCAUGCACUAGAAAGGCAAUGCUGCAGAUGCAUCUUCGACAACAUACUGGUGAAAAACCCUAUGCUUGUACUGAAUGCGAUUAUAGAACAAGCGAUCAUAACACAUUACGAAGACAUUUAAUGCGGCAUACUGGUGUUCGGCCAUAUAGAUGUUCAUACUGUCCUUACGCAGCAAUUCAGAGCUGCGCAUUCAAGAUGCACAUGAAAACAAAGCACAAAGAUAAACCUGUGUUUAUUGUUAUAUCAAGUAGAGACUCUGAGGAUGAUGAUACUCAGCAAUAUUUCUUGAUGCGGCAUCAACAUCAUGAUAACUCAGAAGAUGCUAUAGAUACUGGUGGUGUAACUAUUCCGGCAGAAGCAAUAAUGACUAAUGUUCUAGAACUGCUAUGUGGUGAUAACAAUCAACAAUUAUAUGCAUUGGCCCUGCCAUUUGGCACUUCUACAAAUGGAGAUUCGUCAGAUUUUCAAACAGAAUAUCUACAAAAUCAACUGCAGUCUUUAGUUAACCAAGCCCAACAAGUACAAUGCGAAGACCUUUCAAGUAUUGAGGAUGGAACUGAAAUUAUAGACACUGUCGAUAAAACCAUUCCUGAAGAAACAUCAUGGGCUUUACCUAUUUAUUCAACAGGCGAAAGCACAAUAAAUAUUCAUGCGUUAGAUGUUCUUCACCCACAAUCGUUGUCAAAUGGUGAAUCCGAUGAAAUUCAAAACAUUGAAUAUUUAGUUGAGGAAGAUGCUGAUUGUGAACUGCAUGCUAAACCAAAUAAGGAUUUUGACACAAGAUACACAAUAAGCUUAAAUGGCAUGCAAUAUGGAUUUAAAUUAGUUCCUACUGUAGACCAUAAUGAUGCUCAUUGCUCGCAAGUUAAAAUACUUUUAAAUACUGAUAGUACAUCAGAUGCAAAUGAAGCUGAUCCUAAUACAACACUAGCUACAUUUGAUGGUUUUAGAAGUGACUAUGAGUGUCAACCAAUUUUUGAAGGUGAAAUUAAUGAUAUGGCCGAUGUAGUCCAAGCUUAUAAAUGCAGGAAAUGUUGCUUUACUGUGCAAGAUAAACAGUUGUUAAUAGAUCAUUAUAAAACAGAACAUACAGAAAUAUCAGCAACAAAAGUUAAGAAAGAAGGUUAUUCAGAUAUUGAAAAUAAUACAUACAAUUUUGAUGAAAUAGAAGUUAAAUCAGAACAAUUACUUUAUAUGUGUGGACAAUGUUCACGAGGCUAUGGAAGCAUUGAUGAGUGUAAAUCACAUAUGAUUAAGGACCACAAACUAACUCGAAAGAUUUCUGAUUCUGAUAUUUCAUCUGACUUUGAUAACAAACAAUUAUCUACUGAAAUUUGUGUACCAAAUAAAUCAGAUGAAGCAAAUAUAGAGGAUAUGAAGGAAUCACAUUGGAUGUUGAUUAAUAGCUUGAAAGACUUAAAAGCUGCAUUGAUGUCGGAUUGGCAAAAUAAAUGCAUAAUUAAUAACUGUCCAUAUCGUUUUAAAGAUAGUGAUAGUUUGGAGAAACAUUCAAAAUGUCACAAGAGUUCAUCGAAAUUAUUUUGUUGUUUUGAAUGUAAUGAAGAUUUUAUAAAUUGGAGAACUUGUUCAGUGCAUUUGUGGCGUAUGCAUUUAUUAGAUAUUGAUAUGCUGACAUGUCCGAUUUGUUAUGAAUAUAAAACUCCAACAACAGUGAAAUUGAGUCACCACAUGAAAAUUCAUGGUUUAUCAAAAAGUUUUAUUUGUGGAGAAUGUGGCAAAGCAUUUAAACAAUCUGGCCAAUUACAUAAUCAUAAAGUUCUUCACUUAGCAAGGAGAAAAACACAAAUUCAAAGAUGGUAUACCUCAAAAAAGUGUGAAAUUUGUUUAAAAUCUUUUGCAAAUUCAAAGUGUUUGAAAAAGCAUAUACAAGCGAUCCAUAGUAAAAUAAGACCGUUCAUAUGCAAUGUUUGUGGGCAUUCAUGCACUAGAAAGGCAAUGCUGCAGAUGCAUCUUCGACAACAUACUGGUGAAAAACCCUAUGCUUGUACUGAAUGCGAUUAUAGAACAAGCGAUCAUAACACAUUACGAAGACAUUUAAUGCGGCAUACUGGUGUUCGGCCAUAUAGAUGUUCAUACUGUCCUUACGCAGCAAUUCAGAGCUGCGCAUUCAAGAUGCACAUGAAAACAAAGCACAAAGAUAAACCUGGUGUUUAUUGUUGUAAAGAAUGCUCAUUCAAAACUGUUAAUAAAAACAUUUAUGAAUCUCACAUAUCUGAUCACGAAAGGGGACUAAUCGAGCAAGAUAAAAAUAAAAGAGCAGCUUGGAAUUUUAACCCAGAACUAGAAAAGAAUAGUAAUACUACAUCACAAUUGAUCUACAGGCAAAGAGAGAAGUGUGAAUCGAAAUCCUUAAAGUUAAAGAUAUCAAGUAGAGACUCUGAGGAUGAUGAUACUCAGCAAUAUUUCUUGAUGCGGCAUCAACAUCAUGAUAACUCAGAAGAUGCUAUAGAUACUGGUGGUGUAACAAUUCCGGCAGAAGCCAAUACAGAUUCAGAAUACCCUACUGAUUUACAAGAUAAACCAAGACAGAAUGAAUUGGAUAAUACUUAUCAAACUAAGCAAUACAUUCCUCAUCAUUUGAUUGGAUUGAUGUAUCAGUUAGAUUUGUCAGUGCUAUGCUCACUUAGAAAGUCUACAUAUGAACAUAAAUAUCCUUCAUUGUCAUUAGUGUUUGAGGACUUUGAAAUUGAUAUGUUUAGUAAUAUUGUUAUUCGUUAUGAAAAGAAGUCUCUUCAUAUACGAAUUGAAAAUGCAGCCAAAUAUAAUGAUAUUAGUUAUGCUAAAUUAUUUACUAAAGAAAGACGAAGUUCUUCUAUUAAUAGUUACUUUGGUAGUUUUGUUAAACAUCUAAUCUCUAAAUCAGAUAAUUCAUCAAAUAAUGUUGAAUAUCUGAUUAUUUAUACUAAUUCAGGCUUGGAUAUUACAGGUAAAAAGGAAUUCAAAAAAAGACGGUUGAAAAGUUUUCAUCCUUUUAAAUUUGUUAGCAUAAAUAUAGAGGAAUGUGACAUUUUAAAAGACUUUCUGUUUACAAAUGAUAAUAUGCAAGGGAGUGGUUUUUAUCAGUUUUUGCAGGAUGAGGCAACAAAAGAAGAUCUUUUACAGCAAUUAGAAUUUUCUCCUGCUAUGCGAAAAGCAAUAAAAAUGAGAAAACUUUCUCAAGAGUUUGAAAAAGAAACAAAAGAAGCAUUUUUAGAUAAAUUAGUACUUGCAGUUAAUCAGCCUAAUAGAGAAGAAUUGAAUAAUAUUGUUAAAAAGGAAAUUAAAAACAAUAGUAUAGUUCAAGGCGAUUAUAUGGCAUUACAAGAAAAAAUAUUGUGUGAUUUUACAUCUCCAGAAAAGAAUAAAAAACUUAAGAAUUAUAUAUCUGGAGUUAUAUAUGAAUUCAAUUUAUUAAUACUCUUCUUGCAUGAUAUGUUCUUGAAUAAAAACAUGCUUUCCAUAAGUUUUGAGGAAAAAGGCAAUAAUACAUCUAAUAAUAUAACUAUUAAUUAUAAAGAUAGAGUUUCUUACAUAAAAGCUCAUAUUGCAGAUAAUCUAAACCUUACUGAAGAGAAAAUAUUAAACAAAGGGCAAUCUAAAGAUUUUUAUCCUUUAAAAUUUGAUAGUGUAGAUAUUCGUAAAAAAAGGUAUAAAAUUUUAAGAAAUUGUUCGUGUAUAAAUAGAAAUGCUCUUUAUCAAUUUGUGCAAGAAGAUACAACAAGACAGAAACUUUUAAGGCUAUUAAAACUUCCACUUUCUUUGCUGAAGGCAGAAGAGAAAGAAAGACUUUCUGAUGAUUGUGAAAUAGAGAUAAAAACGAAAUUUUUAGAUAAACUAAUAUUUGCAGUUAAUCAACCAAAUAGGGAAAAUUUGAAUAGUGUUAUUAGAAAUGUGAUAAGUAAGUCUGAUGUUCCAUAUGAUUAUGAGAAACUACAUGAAGUAGCCAUACGUUGGUCAGAAUCUGAUGAAUAUGGUCAUAUCACGAAAGAAAUAAUGGCAAAAUUUUUGCAAGAUAUAAAAAAUAAUAGGUCUAGUUAUCAGGAAAUUGAAAAUAAAAACAUUGAUGAAGAAAUUAAAUUUGCUAUGAGUGUGGUUGGUAAAAAAGGAACACCUGCAUUUCAUAAGUUCUUAAAUUUUUUAAUUAAAGAAAAAAGGCUAGAAAUUCUGAAAACAAAAGGAAAAAAUUUAAAUAAUAUGUCCAGUAUUUUAAGUGGAGCAGGUGCGAAUGCUACCAUGGCUUUUAAAAAUUUAUAUGAUCUUUGGUUUGAUCCAGUAGGAAAUAAAACACAAUAUUUAAAAACCCUAGAAGAACACAAUAUAAACAUAACUAAUGUAUCCAGUAUUUUGAAUAGGGCACGAGCUGAUGCUGCAAAAGCUUUUAAAGACUUAUAUGAUCUUUGGUUUGAUGCAAAAGGAAAUAGUACUCGAUAUUUAAAAACUCUAGAGAAAAACGGAAUAAAUCUAACUAACAUGUCCAGUAUUUUAGGUGGAGCAGGGUCUAAAGCUCCCAAAGCUUUUAAAGACUUAUAUGAUCUUUGGUUUGAUUCUGAAGGAAAUGAAACACUAUAUUUAAAAACUUUAAAAAAAAAUGGAAUAAAUCUAGCCACUAUGACCAGUAUUUUGAACAGAGUAGGCGCUAAUGCUGCAAAAGCUUAUAAAGACUUAUAUCAUUUUUGGUUUGACGCAGAAGGAAAUAAAACACAAUAUUUAAAAACUCUAGAAGAAAAUGGAAUAAAUCUGGCUAUUGUGUCCAGUAUUUUAAACAAAGUAGGAGCUAAUGCUGCAAAAGCUUUUAAAGAUUUAUAUGAUCUAUGGUUUGAUGCAGAAGGAAAUAAAAAAAUAUAUUUAAAAACUCUGGAAGAAGAAGGAAUAAAUUUAGCUACUCUAUCCAGUAUUUUAAGUGGAGCAGGAGCUAAUGCUCCCAAGGCUUUUAAAGAGUUAUAUGAUCUGUUGUUUGAUGAAAAAGGAAAUAAAACAGAAUAUUUAAAAAAUCUAGAAAAAAACGGAAUAAAUCUAACAAAUGUAUCCAGUAUUUUACAUCGAGCAAGAUCUGAUGCCGUAAAAGCUUUUAAAGACUUAUAUAAUCUGUGGUUUGAUAGGAAAGGAAAUAAAACAAUAUAUUUAACAACUCUAGAAGCGGAAGGAAUAAAUUUAGCCACUAUGUCUAGUAUUUUAGGUGGAGCAGGUGCUAAUGCUCCUGAAGCUUUUAAAGAACUAUAUAAUACUUUUUUUGAUGAGUAUGGAAAGAAAACACAUUAUUUAAAAACUCUAGAAAAAAACGAAAUAAAUCUAACUAGGAUGUCUAGCAUUUUGAAUGGAGCAGGAGCUAAUGCUCCUAAAGCUUUUAAAGACUUAUAUGAUCUGUUGUUUGAUGAAAAAGGAAAUAAAACACAAUAUCUAAAAACUCUGAAAGAAAAUGGUAUAAAUCCAAUAAAUAUGUCUAAUAUUUUAAGUGGAGCAGGAGCUAAUGCGCCCAAAGCUUUUAAAGACUUAUAUGAUCUGUUGUUUGAUGAACAAGGAAAUAAAACACGCUAUUUAAAAACUCUAGAAAAAAACGGAAUAAAUCUAACUAAUAUGUCAAGUAUUUUAAGUAGAACAAGAGCUAAUGCUCCUGAAGCUUUUAAAGAACUAUAUAAUACUUUUUUUGAUGAGCAAGGAAAUAAAAAACAGCAUUUAAAGCAUUUUAUUAAGAAAAAAGAUGGGGAAAAAGGUUUUACACUGCAUAACUUAUCUGGCAUUUUAAGUAAAGCAGGAGCUAAAGCUCCAGAUGCUUUUGAAAAAUUACAUAAUGUCUGUUUUAAUAAUAAAGGAGAACAAACAGAACUUUUAGAUGAUUUCUAUAAUGCAGGUUUUAGGCCAAGUAACUUAUCAGCCAUGCUAUUUGGAUCAGGAGUUCAAGCUUCUUCUAUUUUGAAAAGAUUGCAUGGUGUUUGUUUUACCAAGGAAAGAAAAAAAACAAAACUCUUAGAUGAUUUCUACAAGACAGAUUUUAGUCCUGGUGCUUUAUGUAGUAUAUUGAGUGGAGCAGUUGAUAGUUUAGAGCAAUUUCAUGAAUUUUGUUUUGCAGAAGAAACAAAAAAGUAUUUAAAUCACUUUUUAGAUGAGAAAGAAAGUUUCACACUGAGUAAUUUGUGUAAUAUAUUGCAUGGAGCAAGAUCUAAUAUUUGCUCUGCUUUAAAAGAUUUUCAUGAUAUUUGUUUUGAUGAGACAGGAAACAAAACGCAUGUUCUAGGUGAUUUUUAUAUAGUAGGAUUUAAACCAAAUGAUUUAUCCAAUAUACUAUCCAUGGCAGGAAACAAUGCCACUUCUAUUUUAAGAAGUUUCCAUAAUUUUUGCUUUAGUAAAGAAAAUUAUUUAAAUCAUUUCUUAGCUGAGACAAAAUAUUUUACGCCGAAAGGUUUAUCUGAGGUAUUAUUUGGAAUAGGAACUAGAAUUUGCUCUGCCUUUAAAAAAUUGCAUGAUCUCUGUUUUGAUAAUGCAGGAAACAAAAAGAGUUAUUUAAACAAUCUUAUCAAAAAUCACUCAUCUUCUGAGAUACUUAAUAUAUUACGUGAGAAGAUUAGAAAAGCUCCGUCUACUUUCUUAGAUGGACAGAAGAUUUAUGAAGAAGGCGAAGCAACGAAUGCGGUCCCUGAUCCAAGUAACUUAUCCAAGAGAAUAGAAAAAGAACAAAACCCAGAUCUACAAGAAGUCCACAACAGAGUGCUCAUAAGGCUGAGAAAUAAUCUCGGAACAAUAAGAACAGAUAAAAUGACAAAAUUUUAGACACAGUAGCAGGAUAGCUCUUAAAGCUCAAGAGACUUAUCUCCAAAAGAAGUACAUUCAGUAUGCUGCAAAAACAGCAACAAGAGGUAUAUCUUCACACUUAUCAAAGCGAGCGUCGUAGCUAUGGCCACUUUCUACCCCUUAGAUACCUUGCGAUCGAGGCUUCAAUUAGAAGAAUCUGUGAAGAUAGAGUCUAAAGGGACCUUCUCGAAGAUGCACAAACUGAUUGAAAAUGAAGGUUUUGAAACAUUGUAUAGAGGAAUGAUACCUGUCUUGAAGAGUUUAUGUGCUUCUAACUUUGUAUACUUUUAUACAUUCCAUGGAUUAAAACGUUUGUUUCACAAUGAUCAGCAAACUGCUCUCAAAGAUUUAUUCUUAGGCAUGGUUGCUGGUGCUUGUAAUGUUAUGGUUACCACUCCAUUGUGGGUUGUCAAUACACGUUUAAAAAUGA